AUCUUUUAUUUGAUUUAAUUUUCAUAAGAAUCUAAGGGAUGAUGUAUACAGAGGCGGACCCCACGAUUUGAAGAUGGCGGGGCACAUGAGCAGACUGCUCAACCGGUGUCUCAUCGGACUUUUGAUCUUAAGGGUUUCACGUAAAAUAUAAAGUGUUUUCAACAUAUAUGCACAUAUAUAUCUAGAACUUUUACCGAGGUUAACGGGGACGGUGAUGUACGUAGAUUUUUAGUUUGAUUUGACACAUAAUUGGAAGCAUGUCCUUUUGCUGUCAUCAAAGACGGAUGUAUGUGUUAUGUUGAAGGCUCACCGGACCCAGUAAACUUUGGCAGAAAUCUUGUAUAUACCUUGAAAAUGGUAAUUUGAAUUAUUUGUCACCCUCAAUGCUAAAAGUCUUUAGGUGGCAUUGAUUGAACAAAAUAUUGUGCCCCGACGCAUUAAAAUCUUGAAUCCGCCUCUGACUGUCAUGGAUAAAGGUGAUGUUGAACAACCUCUACUACGAAGCCAUGUAAAUUCUUUGAUUCGUUUUAGUGAUAUAAACUCUUUCAAGAGAAGGCGAACACAAUCGAGCAGCAGUACUGGUAAUAUCAGUCAUAUACCACAGAAAAAUAAUGAGGAACUGUUUCAUUCCUCUGAGUUCAUUGCAACAGAGAGAUUUAGACUCAGGUCUGUGCUCUUGUUUUUGUCUGUCUAUAUAGGAAUCGGAGCGAUUUGCUUCUUCAUAAUCAGGGAUCAAAUCGAAGGAAAAAAGACUAAUGGAAUUCUUGAUGCAAUAUACUUGUGUAUUGUUACAAUGACUACUGUUGGAUAUGGUGAUCUUGUACCUAAAAGCAUCUUAGCUAAGCUACUCGCGUGUAUUUUCGUCUUCACGGGCAUGGCUCUUGUUGGAUUUGUUCUAAGUAAAGCAGCAGAUAGUUUUCUUGAGAGGCAGCAAAUCUUGUUUCUCAAAGCCAUAAACAUGAGGAAAAAUUAUAGCAAUUCAAAUGAGGUGUUACAAGAGGUUGAAACGAACAUCGAAAAGUACAAGUUUUUAAGUGCAUUGGCACUUCUUGUGAUGUUUACUAUACUUGGAACAAUUUUUUUAAAUCAAGUUGAGGAUCUGAGUUUAUUUGAUGCUUUUUAUUGUGUUUGUGCUACCAUUACUACUCUGGGAUAUGGCGAUAAGAGCUUUUCGACAAAAUGGGGGCGUUUGUUCGCGUCUUUCUGGAUACUGUUGAGCACGAUUUGUUUGGGUCAGUUGUUUUACUCCCUUGCUGAAUUAUACACAGAACAAAGGCGAAAAUCUAUGUUCAGAUGGGUUCUAACUCGAGAGUUGACAAAUUCAGACCUGCAGGCAGCAGAUCUUGAUCAUGACAGUGAAGUCAGUGCUGCAGAAUUUAUUGUCUAUAAACUUAAAGAGUUGGGGAAGAUAACUGAGGAAGAUAUCUCUGUAGUAAUGGAGAGCUUCAAAAUGCUUGAUGUUGAUCAUUCUGGCACAUUGACUGAAAAAGAUAUUGCAUUAUUACACUCGUCUCGAUCGAAAAUCUGAUAAUUAACCCCUCUAACAUGUCCGACAGCUUAACUAUGUUUUGUUCGUAGAUGAUAGAAAGAUUCUAACGAUGACUGAAGCCUCUAUCUUGAAGGGUCGUACAUAUAUAUAUGUACAUAUUCCUGCGGCUCAGAUGAGUAUUCUUGUUUAUAUCGUCACGACUAUAAACAUUUUUUUGUUCCUAUUAACAAACAAUCCCCUUUUUCUU